UCACAAUGGCUCUGCUGGUGUUCAUCUGUCUGACUGUCGGCAUCGCCGCCUCGGCCCUGCCGUCCUCUGCUGCCAGCGUACCUCUCCGGCAGGAACAACCGGCCGAGAAACAUGUCUGUCCGGAACUGGCGGGCGCGCCUGGCGCCCACAAGCUGAGUAGAGAGGCGAAACAUAUUUGCUUAUCGCAAGAGGACGUCAUCAUUCCGAAACCCAAAGCCGAUACGACGGCUGCUGCCUUCAAGCUUUGUGGAAAUCUAGAGGAUGAGUCGAAGACCUCCAGAUUAUCUCGUGGGAAAUACGUUCUUCAGUCACCCAACUAUCCUGUAAACUACUCAGCCAAGACCAACAUUUCCUGGAGCUUCACAGCUGAUGCAGGUAACAUCAUCAGCAUCGUCUGCUCCGACUUCGACGUUGAAGGCGUCAAUGGCUAUUGCAUGUAUGAUUGGCUGGAUAUCAACGGCAAACAUUUCUGCGGAAAGAAUGCCGCUGUCAGCGUAUCUGCAGAGUCACUCAACGUCCAGUUUAUAUCCGACAAGUCCGUGAACAAAAAGGGUUUUAACUGCAACAUCGUCGUCAUGGGCAUUCCUUCGCCGGGAGGUGACUCCGACGGCAACUGCACCUGCGGACAGGUCAACCGCGCGGUCCGCAUCGUCGGCGGCACGGAGACAGAGGAGAACGAGUACCCUUGGCAGGCGGGCGUGUGGCCCGAGUUCGGAGACCGCGUCUUCAUAUGUGGAGGCUCGGUCAUCAACAACAGGUACGUCCUGACGGCGGCCCAUUGCGUGGAAAAUAACCCAACCGAGGUGACGGUGAGGCUCGGCAACGUACGCCGAAACCCGACGUCCAGUGAGGAGGUCUUCAGAGUCUCCCUCAUCCUCGUCCACCCGCAGCGGAACGAAGAAACGUCCCUCUACGACUUCGCACUGUUGCAGCUGGACCGCCCGAUUUCGUUCAGCAGUCACAUCAGUCCCGUGUGCCUGCCGACCCCGGGGGAAACGUACGCGGGUCUCAUGGCAACCGCAACGGGGCUCGGCGAUCUGUCCAACAGCGGGCCGCUAGCCGAUGCUAUGAUGGAAGUCGACCUGCCCAUCCUGAGUCCCGAGGCCUGUGCGGCGUUCAUGGCUCGCGUGGGCCUCUCGUACGACGGCUCGGCGAUGGUGUGCGCCGGGGGCACGGCCGGAGAGGACACCUGUGCCGGGGACAGCGGCGGUCCGCUGGUGGUCGACGUCGGAGGCCGGUACGUCCUGGUCGGCGUCACGUCGUUCGGCGUGGGCGAGUGCGCCACGACUCGGCCGGCACUGUACGCGCGCGUCACCGGGGUGCUGGAGUGGAUCAGCGAGAACACGGCCGACAGCACCUACUGCUCCUAGACGUUCCUCGGACCGGACCGGCAGAGCGGGAUCGACCAGCUGAUCAGCAGACCGGGUGAAGUGGGUGCUUUUCUCUGCGUGGGAUACUGUUAUUACGGAAUGUCUUAGCUGAUAAUGUUUUGGGGGGACUACGUUAUAGGUACGUAUGUAUACCUAACUGAUAAGUAGGAAUGGUGUUUCUAAAGAAAUGUAGUCCAUUUAUCGGGGUCUAAUAUACUGUGAAGCAUU